UAGAUAAUCGAAUCGAUUAGAUAAAUCGAAUUCAAAUAAAUUACUUUUGCCUAUUAUGUUCUCCUUUGACUAUUAUAUUCCCCUAAUAUCGAGAACUUAGCUUAUGAAUUACAAAUUCGCGAGAAUGCGAAUUUGUAAUUUACUUCACUACAACUUGUAUAAUUGUCAACCUAAAAAUUUGUGUAUCAAUGGCAAUCAAAAUUAAUUAGUGUUAUAAACAAUAAUUAAAUAAAAAUUGCUAGUGUGUUCUAUAAUUAACGACAAAUUUAUCGAUUUUCCAUUAAAAGAGACAAGUAAACAUAAAAUAAAGAUAAAAGAAACAAUGUAAAAUAUAUAUGAUACAUUAAUCGCAAUCUCUUAAAUAUCUAAAUAUUAAAUAUCUGACAGAAAAAGAAACUAAAUGGAAGGAGAGUUACUGAUUUUGAUAGAAUUAUUAAUUGAUACAGUCAAUAUUCCUACAAUACGGGCAAUCUACGAUGAAAUAUUGCCGGCCAAAACAUGCGUCUCGUUUCAAAUAUUAAACUUGCCUCCUAUCAAUAUCUAUCAAGAAACGCCAACAGAGACUUGCGCCUGUCCCGACAGUGGAUCGCAAGUCUUCAAAAAGGGCAAAUCCUGCUUGUUUGCUCUUUCAGAUAAUGUCUUAAAGAAACCAUUGUGCAACUUUCCCAUAACAAUGUCCGUUUAUAAAGAACUACCUCCAGGAGUUUUGCCGGACGUAAUGCUAAUCGGAACUCACCAGAUCCAACUUCACGGCCUCAUGAAUUCUCUGCUGAGCAUGUAUCUCUCUGAGCACAGUAAUCCGUGCAAAACAAUGAAGAACGCUUUUAAAAUUACUACAGCGACAGGACAACAUGUGGGCGAAGUCACAGUCUUCAUUCGCGCUUCGUGCUUCGGCAAGAAGAUCGUCACGCAAUUUCAGCUUCCUCGCAACAGGGAACCCUAUCUUUUCAAGGGCGUCGACAACGGUCCUAUGUAUCAAUGCAAGAGAGUCACUUCCGCUACGGACAGACAACAGAUAAGUUGCAUCUGCUCCCCCAAGAAAACUGGCGACGGCAGCGGGGAAGCCGCAAUAAUUCGCUAUUCUGCCGACGAACGCCGGCGAAAAGAACGAUUCGAGGAUACCAAAAAAGAUAAAUGUUCACCGUGUUGUCGCGGUGCGCGAGAUAUCAAGAGUAAGGAAAUUGUUAGAAAAUGUGGCUGCAUCGUUAAAAAAGAAUGAACGUGUAAUUGCGUCCAG